AGCAAGGCUACCGGGGCUCAUACGAUCACAGUCCGUCUGUGAGAGAGCAUUAGUUUGUGUUAGAUAAAACUCGAGAAGCAGGUCCCUCCUCAUUUUGCUGGAAUCAUGGAUAACAAGAUCAUGGAUAAUAAAGUUCUAGAACUUACUAUGCAAACAGCUACGGAGAAACUAAAAGCACAAGUGCAAUUCUGCCAGCGUGAGAAAGAAAGAUUCACAAAGUGCAAUUCUCAGGACUCUACGACUUUCUACGAGGAGAAGCUCCAAGAGUUUAAAUGGCAAAUGCUCCAGCUGCAGCAACAUUAUGAAUCUACCGGUGAAAUGCUGAAGAUCAAAAGAGACACUGUGUCAGUCCCUGUUGCAGCAGACAACGAGCGUUUGAUGGAGGAUCAACUUGAGCUGGACGUGUCGGAUGUUUUUUUCAACCCGACCACGGAAUCCAAAAAGAUGUACUUCCUUCGAUACGUCAUCUGUCUGCCGCUGCAAAAGCACGUGCUGCAAGAACAGAAGACGGAAUUCUUCAGGACCUGUGAGCUCAAAACAGUGGAGGAAAAACGCAUCUUUCAUUUCCCAAGAGACGACCUGAAAAUGUGCGAAUCCUUAAAACGAGGGUACAUGACUGUGGAGUUGUACGCAGAGAGGAAACUAAAAGCUCCAACUUUAGUUGGUAUUCCUCAAAGGGUGUCUCUCAACAGAUUCCUCGAAGAACACUCCAUCAAGGGAAUGCUUUCGUUUGGAGAUAAGGGCGAAUGGGACAUUUCUUAUUCUCUAAACAUCCGACGAGCACAACGAGUGGAGGAGAAGGAUAGUUUCAAGAUGGUCCAGAAAAGUUGGAUAGGACUAGCUGAAGAACACAGUAGAAUAGCCAGGAGAGCAUCUGUAGCUACCAUGAACUCAAGUCCCGGUUCAAAACACCACAGGAAACGAAGCAAUCGCAACCAUCACCGUCACCAUCACCGCCAUCACCACCACAAGCCGGUACUGGAAGAAAAGUCCCCAGCUUUCUCCCUUGAAACCCAAUCUACCGACUCAGAAAACUCUAUCGACUUCCAAAUCAAAAUAAAGGACGACGUCAAGGACAAGGAAGAAGCCUCAGAGGACUCUGAUCACAUAGCAGAUCUACCUUCCGAGAAGUCGGAGAACAAAAACACAACCAACAAAAUAAAGAAGACUCUAGCUCGACGUCUUAGUGGAUUUUUCUGACAGGAACUGGUUAGGGGACGGGGUUUAUAGUGUUUUGUGUUAUUAACUUUCCCAACUGCUGCAGAGAACAGAGAGGUGUAGACUGUAGGUCUGUUUAAUUGAUAAAUAAUUAAGUAGGAGUAUCCUCUAGGUGGUAAAUACGGACAGCUCGAUAUGGUAAUUUGGGAACAAAUUAGCAUAAUAAAAUACUCACGCAUGCCAUGAUAGAAAUUGGGAGAUUAUUCUCUGGUACUGCUGCAGUUGGGACAGUUUCACGGGAUUUGUAUUGGUAAUCGGUCGUCGGACCGGCCUUUGUUUACGUCGGUCAACUGUUGCAGUUGCACCGCGUGAUUUAUACCUCCGCGUUUUUACAACAUUUUUUUGAUAAUUAUUCUUAAUCAUCUAGAUUUAUCAUAUAAUUGUAUACUUCGGGUAAUAAUUGGAAAGGGUCAAUCUUGUUUACUAUAAAGCGCAGCUGAAAUUUGUAGUAACAUCGUUCAAUUUAUUAGUAGAAAUUUGUUGAAAAGUUUAAAAUAGUUAAAAGAAUUUAUAAAAUAAAUUUGAAGGGUUUUAAAAUAAAUUUCAAUUUCUGAGGAAGUAAAUGCCAAAAAGGUUAUGGAAACAUUUCACUGGGUACAAAAUAAAAUGAGUAUCGUUAAUACCAUACAAAAUAUUGUGAACGAUGUACAUUCCAUAGUCAACAAAUUGUUAUAUCAGAACACAGCAUGUGAUAAAAUAUUACCUAAAAGCUUCGAAAUCUAUGCUUUUCUAUUUAAGAGUUCUUAAAUCGAGAUUUUAAAAACUUGUGAGCGGAAAGGAUUUAUAAGGUGGCCAUAUCAGAGGCGUGGAAUUGAAGAUGUUUCAUGUUCUUGAUCAGUGGGUACAAUAAUUGGAUCUAUUUGGCUUACCCUGAUAUGUUCAAAAAUAUUCAAAAACCAGAAAAUAAAUUUUUGAAGCUACCAUCUUUAAUCCCAUGAAGAAGUCCGCCAAAUUUUAUGCUUUUAGGUUAUAUUUUUGUAUUGAUAACUGUUAUAUCCUAGUCAGUUAUUAUCGCGUUAGACUGUCGGUAUCGAAAAUUCUUUUAUUUUAGACAUGAGUCCAGUAAUUCUCAGUUGGUUUAUCGUGCCUUUAGUUUUAAUGUGCUUAGUGUGUGUGUUUACUUCUAGGCUAAAUAAAAUUAAAGUGCUAACUUUACCAGUUGUCAGAAUGUUCAAUAAAGCCAACAAUUAAGUUAUAGUUAAAAUUUAAAGACAGUAUUUAGAUUAUUUGCGAUUUGACUUAAAAUUAUAUUUAUUAGGGUUGGUACUUCUGAAAUUGUUAAAUUAUAAAAUGACGAGUGUAAUUAUAAAUUUGAUUAAUAAUUCUCCUUAAGUUAGAUUCUAUAUUUAAUGAUUUUAGCCUCAUUUAUUUAACUGCAGUGAUAUAAUACCAUUAUUAAGUAAGAUCCUGCAUUUUACUUUAAGUAAUACAGGGUCAUAAUAUUAACGCUAAGUUUCGUUUGAUAAGUUUAUAAUUACAGUUAGUUA